AUGUUUUGGAGAUUCGGCGGUUACGCCAACAUCUCCACCAUCGACACAAUCCUCGAUAAGCCAGACUUUACCCUCGAGGAGCUACUCGAAGAGACAGACUUGAUCCAGGAGCUCAAGCAGCACAACUCAAAGCUCAUCGAAUACCUCCGAAGCGACAAGGUUCUCGAUAACCUGCUCGAAUAUGUAGUCGCUCCAAAGCUCGAGACCGUCGAGUCUCCCGACGAGUCCACCGACCAAGAGGCCAAGGCCAAGAACCGCUUCCUCUCUCUCUCGCGACCGCGCGCAUCAUCCCGCGCCACCGACCCGGGCGACGAUGAGGAGGAGCAGGAGAAGAAGCGCAAUCGCUACGCUUUUGUAGCUUGCGAGAUUCUUAGCUCCGAUACUUGGUCCAUCUACGAGGCUUUGGCUGAGAACAGACAAUUGAUUCGCGAUUUUUGGAACUUCUUGUCCCGCCCUGCCCCGCUCGAUCCCCUCCAGGCGAGCUACUUCACAAAAGUCAAUGAGUCUCUGUUCGAGAAGAAGACCGAGGACAUGAUGGAAUUAUUGACGACUCUUCCCGACGCUGUCCCUAAUUUGCUCAAGCAUGUUGAGUGUCCUAUGGUCAUGGACCUACUGCUCAAAAUCAUUGCCCUGGACCGUAAUGAGGGUGGCCAGGGUGUGGUCGAGUGGUUGUACUCUAAGGACAUCAUCCCGAGCCUCCUCUCAUGCCUCAGCCCCGAGAACAACUGGGUUGUGCAAACCGCCGCAGGCGACUUCAUCAAGGCCAUCAUCACCAUCUCUGCCAACGCCUCACAGAAUGAGCAACAAUGCAUCGGCCCUAACGAGCUCACCCGUCAGCUUGUUUCCAAGCCAUGCAUCGAGCAGCUUAUUGGGUACAUGCUUGGCGGUGGCAACCCUUUGACUGUUGGCGUUGGUAUCAUUAUUGAAGUAAUUCGAAAGAACAACUCCGAUUAUGAUCCCGAUAUGGGCACAGAGGCGAGCGCUGCGCCUUCCAGCCGCGAUCCCAUCUACCUGGGCACCCUUCUUCGCAUGUUCGCUGAGAAUGUCCCCAAGUUCAUGAACCUGAUUAUGGAUGUUCCCUCCAAGAAGGAGAAGAUCGACUCGACCUUUGGCGUCAAGCUCGAGCCCCUUGGCUUUGACCGGUUUAAGACAUGCGAGCUCAUGGCCGAGUUGUUACACUGCAGUAACAUGGGUUUGUUGAAUGAGCCGGGUUCCGAGGAGCUGACAGCUCAGCGUGAUAUCGAGCGACAACGUCUUCGUACCGAGGGCAAGUUGGCGCCGCUCAAGGAGGAGGACCACUCCACUGACGACUUGACCAUGCGAAGCGCUGCACCUGAAGAGAAGAGACGUCUCGAGGUCACUAACGCUGACGACGAUGGUUUUGAGGAGGUUGAGCCUAGCAAGGAGAUGAGUGAGGAUACCUCUCAUGAGUUUGUUAAGGCUGAAGACGACAUUCCUGGCGCUUCAACAACAUCGCUCAGCAAGGAUGAGGAUGACUUUGUAGAUGAGCCGCUCAGUCCUCCUCAAAUGGGUGCCAAGGGUGAUGAGACACGUUUCGAUGAUCCAGAUUUGAUGGUUGCGCCUUUGUCGCCCACAAAGACCAAGACCGCUGAGCCCGCAUCUACAGAGUCUGCUAAGGGUGAUUCAACAGAGAAGCCCGAAGCUAAGGAGCCCAGCAGCGAAAAGAAUGAAGAGACCAAGCCCAAGACGACGCUAGAGGAUGCUGUAAAGGAUGAUACCUCUGACUCUUCAGCUAUCCUAACUCCUGCUCCAUCCGAGCCAGAGUCCAAGGCUGAGUCUACGGAUGCCUCCAUCAAGGUUGAGGAGCAGCCUCGAGGUAUCUCUCCCCAGCCGGACGAUAUGCCUGCACCUCUUUUCUCCGCUCCUCCUCCACCGGAAUCUGGAGCUGAUCGCCCACCACAAGCGGCUGAAAAGGCAGCUGGUGAUGCUCAAGCUGUGACAGCUGAGACCUCUACCACGGAGACAAAGACCAAGGAGGACAAGCCUAAGGAGGAGCAGCCUACCAGCCAGGCUACCGAGGAGCCCGUUGUUGGAGAUUUCCUGAAGCUUCAAUUCGUUGAACACCGUGUUGUUCCAACCAUUCUUAACUUCUUCUUUGCAUACCCCUGGAACAACUUUCUGCAUAACGUUGUGUACGAUAUCGUUCAGCAAGUUUUCAACGGUCCGAUGGACCGCAGCUACAACCCCACAUUGGCCGUUUCACUGUUCGAAGCUGCCGACAUCACAAGUGCCAUCAUCAACGGCCAAAAGGCCAGCGACGAGUCCCAGGCCAAGACCAAGACCCGCAUGGGAUACAUGGGUCAUCUUACCCUCAUUGCUGAGGAGGUUGUCAAGUUCACCGAGCGCCACCCUCCGGAGCUCCUCUCGGAGACUGUUCUUGACCGAGUCAUGAGCCAGGAAUGGAUCAGCUACGUUGAGGGAUCACUUGCCGAGACACGCGAGCGAGAUAAUGCCAUCCUUGGAGGUGUCCGACCAGAGGUAGCUAUGGGUAACCGGUCAAUGGGUGGCAGUGGACUUGGCGGUGUCGGCCUUUCUGGCUUGAGCGGAGGCUCUGGUGCUGGUGGUUCCAGUGCACUUGCGGAAGCUGGCCUUAAUGGGGGAAUAGAGCUCAGCCAGGACAGCGGAAAUGGCAUCGGCCCUUUCACUAUCAGUGGGGCCACAUUAAUGUCCGGCUUUGGCAGCAGCAGCGACGAGGAGGAUGAGGAUGGGGACGAAAACGAGGAGGAUGUCAAUUCCGAGGUGAGUGGUGUUUCCGCUGAAGCUGAAGACGAUGGUUCGGAUCACGGCAUCCCUGGAUCCCCUGGCAUAGCAGAAACACUGGAGGAUGUGAUCAUGCGGUCUCCUGAGACCUUUGCAUCGCAAUUUCCUGACUUGGAUUAUCCGGAGGAUGUUACAAGGGGGUCCCCUAUGGACUUGGACGAAAUUGUAGCACACCGUCAGCGCUCAUCUCAAGAUGAAGAGCAACAGCAUGCUGAGCAGGUUGAGGAUGUCUCAAAACCAGAAGGCAACCCUUAG